UGAAAGCAAAAAUACAUCGAGUCAAAGAAUACAUCACCAUCGAGUUAACUCGAUGCAAAAACUCAAUAAAAAUGGCCACUAUUGAUACGGGAAUUAUCACACUGUCACACUUCAUUUUCUUCGUGUUCUGUGCUUUUUUUAGCAACUUCAUUUUUGAUUUUGACAGCAAAUAAAACAUCUUUUUUAUAAACAUUUAAAAAAGUUGGGUUAUAAUUUUAAAUUUUAAUUUUAAUUUAAGAACUAAUGGCUUCAUCAGGAGAAAAACGGGAUAAGGCGGCGGCUUCAGCGGGUGACCAGAAAGAGAAAAAGCGCAAAGAAUCCAUUCUAGAUCUAUCCAAGUACCUUGAAAAAACUAUAAGGGUUAAAUUUGCUGGAGGUAGAGAAGCUAGUGGAGUUCUAAAAGGUUAUGACCCUCUUCUAAACCUUGUAUUAGACAAUACCUCCGAAUAUUUACGUGACCCAGAUGAUCCUUACAAACUUAUAGAAGAUACAAGACAGUUGGGACUUGUGGUUUGUAGGGGAACUAGUGUUGUGCUCAUAUGUCCAAUGGAUGGUAUGGAAUCGAUUCAGAAUCCCUUUAUUUCACAAGAUUGAUAUAGGAUUAGUUGUUAAUGUUAACAUUCAUUUACAAUAAUUUUAUGUAAUAUAAUUGAUAAGUUAUAAUUUAAGUCUGAAUAAAUAUUCCAUAAUACACAAGAAAAA